AUGUCUUUCAUUUCCUUCCUAUCCAUUUUGUUUCUUUUCAUUUACUUCCUUUUCUUUCUUACUUUCUUUCUUUGUCUUUCAUUUACUUUGCUUUUGUGUCACUGUCAUUUUCUUUUAUUUUGUGUCUUGUCAUUUCUUCCAUUAUUAUUUUUUUCUUUCUUUCUUCCUUUUAAUUUGUCUUUUCAUUUUCUUUCUUGCAUCUUUUUUGCUUUCUAUUUAACUUCCGUUAUUAUUUCCCUGUCAUUUUCUUUCUUGAUAAUUUUCUUUCCUUUAGCUUUUUCUUUUUUCUUUCUUUCUUUCAUUUUAUUUUUGUCUUUCAUUUAUCCCUAUAAUUUAAUGUCUUGUCAUUUUUCUUCGUUAUUAUUUUUCUUUCUUUCAUUUUUUUUCUCUUUUCGUUAUUAUUUUUGUCUUUUCUUUCUUUCUUUGUGUCUUUGUCUUUUCCUUCGUUAUUAUUUUGUUAUUAUUUUGUCUUCUUUUCAUUUACUUUCUUUCUUUGUGUCUUUCUUUUCCUUUUAUUUUUGUCUUGUCAUUCCCUUCAUCUUCAUUAUUUUGUUUUCUUUCUUUCUUUCUUUCUUUCUUUCUUUCUUCCUUAUUAUUUUGUGUCUUUUCAUUUUCCUUUCAUUUACUUCAUUAUUAUCUUCUCUUUUCAUUUUCUUCCUUUUCUUUCAUUUCUUUUAUUUUUGUCUUUCUUUCUUUUCUUUCCAUUUUCAUUUGCUUCCAUUAUUAAUUUGUGUCUUCUUUCUUAUUUUUGUUUCUUUCAUUUUGCUUUUAUUAAUUUCCUUGUCAUCUUCUUUAUUUUUUGUGUUUUCAUUUGCUUCUUUCUUUAUUUUCUGUCUUUUCAUUUCCUUCCAUUAUCAUUUUCUUUCAUUUCUUUCGUUAUUAUUUGUGUCUUUUCAUUGUUUCCUUAUUAAUUUGUGUCAUCAUCCUCUUCCUUUAUUAUUUUUGUCUUUUCAUUGCUUCCAUUUUAUUUUGUCUUUUCAUUGCUUCAUCUUAAUUUAUUAUCUUUCAUUUACUUCGUUUUAUUUUGUGUUUUACUUUUUCAUUAUUAAUUUGUGUCUUGUCAUUUCUUUCUUUCUUUCUUUGUGUCUUUUCUUUCUUCCUUUCUUUAUUUUGCUUUCUUGUCAUUUGCUGUCAUAUUAUUUUUGUCUUUUCAACACUUUCUUUAUUUCUUUUCUUUUCUUUUCAUUUUCAUUUUUAUUUUUGUCUUUUGUUUCCCUUCCCGUUAUUAAUUUGUGUCUUGUCAUUUGCUUUCUUUCUUAUUUUGUGUCUUUUCUUUUUCUUCCUUUAUUAAUUUUCCUUCUUGUCAUUGUCUUCCUUUCUUUCUUUCUUUCUUUUCAUUUUGCUUUUCAUUGUUGUGUCUUGUUCUUUCUUUUCUUUCUUUUUUUGUGUCUUUUCAUUUGCUUCAGUGUAUUUGUGUGUCUUUUCAUCUUCUUCCUUUUAAUUUCUUUUCAUUUUGCUUCGUUAUUAUUUUUGUUUCAUUUUGCUUCAUUAUUAAUUUGUCAUCAUCAUUUUGAUUCCAUUUUAUUUUCUUUCUUUCAUUUUGCUUUUUAUUAUUUUGUGUCUUUUCUUUCUUUACAUUAUUAA